UAGAAGUCUGCGAGGGCCUCUCUCUCCGUGCACACUGAUCUUACGACACUGAGGACUGAAACCACUUACCACCAUCAUGAUACCUUCAGUUGCCCUCAAUAAUGGAGCAAAGAUGCCUAUUGUGGGUCUGGGGACGUGGAGGGCAGAACCAGGAGAGGUGACAGAGGCUGUUAAGGUGGCUAUCUCUGCCGGUUACAGGCACAUCGAUGGUGCCUAUGUGUACCAAAAUGAGAAGGAGGUCGGGGCUGGAAUUCAUGCAAUGAUUGACCAAGGUGUGGUGAAGAGGGAGGAACUCUUCAUUGUCAGUAAGUUAUGGUGCACCUUCCACCUACGAAAUCUGGUGAGGGGAGCUUGUGAGAAGACUCUCAGUGACCUGAAACUGGACUACCUGGACCUCUACUUAAUGCACUUCCCCAUGGGAGUCCAGCCAGGGGACCAGCUUUUUCCUUAUGAUGAGAACGGUCAAGUUAUUUCUGAUGGAAGCAACUUCUUGGACACUUGGGAGGCUAUGGAGGAGCUGGUGGAUGCCGGGUUGGUCAAAGCUAUUGGCAUCUCAAACUUCAACAGGGACCAGAUUGAAGCCAUCCUCAACAAGCCAGGCCUCAAGUACAAGCCUGCUACCAACCAGAUUGAGUGCCAUCCAUAUCUGACCCAGGAGAAGCUUAUUGACUUCUGCCACUCUAAGGACAUUUCAGUGACGGCCUACAGUCCUCUGGGCUCCCCGACCAGACCCUGGGCUACAGCUGGCGAGGCCUCUUUGCUUGAGGAACCCAAGAUCAAAGCCAUUGCCAAUAAGUACAAGAAGACCGCAGCUCAGGUUCUUAUCCGGUUCCAUGUCGAGAGGAAUGUGAUUGUCAUUCCCAAGUCGGCGACACCCCAUCGGAUCAAGGAGAAUUUCCAGGUGUUUGACUUUGCGCUGACCGAUGAAGAAAUGAAGAUCAUUCUGAGCUUCAACAGGAACUGGAGAGCUUUCUCUUUGGGUUGGGCCUCAAAGCACAAAGAUUUCCCUCUGAAUGCAGAAUACUGAUUCGCCAGUUUGUUGCACGAAGGAUUGAGUCUGUCUGAUUAAGUGUGUGAGUCCUUACUGUAGUGGCCUGGUUUCGAAUCCAGACAAAGCCCUUUGCUGCAUGUCAUCCCCUUUCUCUCCCUUGCCUUUCCUGUCUCGUUCUACUGUCUCUAUCAAAUAAGGCAAGUAUGCCACAAAAAAGAUCUUUAAAAAGUUGUAAGUGUAUUGCUGUUGGUUAUUUACCUUUAUUAUCAGUGUAAAAUAAGUGAACUGAGUACCACAGAUUAAGUAAACAUAUCUGUUAAACAGGGCUUGCACAUACUUGCACUAACUUGAAGCACUUGAAUUUAACCAUUAAGUAUUUGAGUACCGGAAAAAAAAAAAAAAAGUUUUUUUGUUGGGAAUUGUGACCU